CUGUCCUGCUGUGUGGUUAAUGAAGCCGGUGGGCCGGCAGCUUCCUCCUGGUUGCCAUGGGAACGACCGGAGCCACUGGCCCUCUGAAAAUGGAAAAGAACAGCCAAGUGCAAGACCACGCAUUCCAUCCUGCCUUGCAGAUUAAACCAGCUGUCAAGCCAGAGUGAAGAAUCGGACAGAGAUCUGCGGCGUGGAAAAGAGAGCCUCACGGAGGAACUCUAAGACGUGAGUUCCGGUGAACGGGCUCACGACGGGGCCACACACACUUGGCAGCACGUGCUAAGACCAGAAUGGUACCACCCUCUGGGCACAGGCUCCUCCUGGCCAGCGCGCUGGGCAUCCUUGCGUUCCACUGCUUCUCAAGGGGGCAGAAGAACAGCACGCUGAUUUUCAUGAAGGAAAACACCAUUCGGAACUGCAGCUGCUCUGCAGACGUCCAGGACUGUGACUACAGUUUGGCCAACUUGCUGUGCAGCUGCCAAACCAUCCUGCCUUUGGCACUCGAGCAAACCAGCUACAGUGACCAUCUGACCAUCUGGUUCACGGAUGCAUGGGCGCUGGGCCUCCUGUUGAACUUCACGCUGGUGCGGGACCUGAAGCUUUCUCUGUGCGGUACCAGCACUCUCCCCACGGAGUACCUGGCCAUCUGCGGUCUGAAGAGGCUUCGCGUCAACACGGAGGCCAGGCACCCGUCCCCAGAGCAGAGCUUACUCAUCUACAGCGGCGGGGAAAGUGAACCCAGAGAGCAGCCCGUGUGGUUCCCCGGAUGUAUGUACGUCUCAUUCUUAGAUAUGACACUUUUCAACAGGAAAUCAUCCUUAAAAGCAUACAGUAUUGAAAACGUUGCCAGCAUUGCCAACAAUUUUCCUUACUUCUCUUACUUUGAAACCUUCCCAAUUUUAAGCAACAAAAGCUACGUCGUCACGUUCAUUUACUAACAUUGUAACGGAUGCCAGCCACGGGAACUUUGGCAAACUAUGGAUAGCUUGAACAGGGAAUCUGGGAAUGAGGCCAGGGGGAUCCUUACCUACAACUUCACCUGUCCGCCCAGCCCCAAUUCGCCACAGAGCCACACACACACACCAGCCCUCUCUGCUCUGUUCUCUGUCCAACCAUGGGAGCUGUUUCCAAAAACAAAAGGAAAAGAAAGAAACAAAAACUCAAAAAAACCAAAACCAACCAACCAAACAAAAUGACCUGAGUCCAGAAGGUCUUCAGAGCAGCCAAAGGCUGGGUCUGUGCUCCUGGGAGUCUGUGGAGAAAUGUCAGAUCAGAAAUGGAGAAAGCAGGGCACACCACGGACUGCUUAGCGGAACUCAGCACAGGAGACGACCCCCAGGAAAGGUAUCUUCCUUCCAAAUACUGCCUGCAUUUUUUUUUCUGUUUCAUUUUGUUACAUUGACUGGAAUUCCCCUAAGAAGAGGCUAGAUUUCAGACGCUUCAGGACUGUGAGUUCCUCACAAUGAUUAGGUUCUCUUAGACUGAUUUUUUCCAAUAUAGUUUCCAAAUAUCUCUUAGACUGAUACUUGCUAAGAAUAUAUGUGCUGAGAAAGGGGAGUUUCAACAGUGGAAGAGGUCGGGUUAGGGUGGGACCUUAGGACCAAAUGAGAGCACUGGUGUUCGAGGCGUGUGAUACAGGAAUGAAAACCAGAGGACAUAAAAACCAAUGGCCUAUAUCUCAAAAUUUUUGCUUAGAGCAAGGCCUAAACCCAGGGAGUUUCUCUCUUGUAUCCCUUCUCUUUCAUUGUUUCUUUCUUUGAUUUCUUCUUUGUCCCCACCCUACCACUUCACCUUUCUCCUCCCAUUUUCCUCAUCCUCUCCCUCCCCUUCCUCCUUCUGCUCCAGAAAUAAGAAUUUGGAUUAAUACCAUUAGAACUGCAUUUAACGCCACCAGGGGCUAGCCUGGGAAUCUAAGACUCAUUUAUAAUGUUAUUCUUAUGGACAAAAAUGCUCAAAUGACUAAAAGAUAAUUAACAAAGGAACUUUCAGGGCUCAGUUCACUCAGAUGUUUAAUUCUGGAAAGUUAAGACACUUUGUAUGACAUGGUUGACACAAAAUGGUCUUAGGUGUGAUGACAAAAGGAACCAAGGCAACAUAUUAAAAAAAAAAAAAAAAGGAAACAGACUUCAGUGUACAAAGAAAAAUUUUCCUCACAGACUCAAUUUACCACUGAGAUACAAUGAUGUAAAGAAUCCAUGGCAAUUAUGAUACAAAUGGCCAAACUGAGAGUGCAAGGAAAUAGAAACAUAAUUGCAUUUAUAAUGUCAUAAUGGUAAGAAAGAGUUUUAUUAUAAAGUAACAGGAUGUCUUAAGGUUGAUGAUUUCAGAUCACAUUCACCACAUUUUUCUCUUAUUCUUAACAUAGGGUAACUGAAGUAACCUGAAAUUAUCGACAUUUGCUUAAUUGGUGGGGGAUUUGGCCAUUCAGGCUAAUUAGCACGAGUCCAUAAUGUCAGUGUUUAAAUUAGGCCAAAACUAAGACCAAAGUAUGAAUUUUAAUAGAAUAAUGCAAUGACCUCAUUACUGACAUUGUAUUUGAGAGGUAAGCUUAAAGUGAGAGAAAAAGACAAGGAAAAAAAAGGAUUUGGAAAAGGGAAGGCAAGAAACAUAUAAGUGAAAGGACGAAUAAUAAAUACAUUUACUGUCAUUAGUUACUGAAAAUGUAAAAAACUGAAUUUUAAUGGAUUUUUAUUAAUAAAGUAUAAAAUUAAAUGAUUCAGAAAUUAUGAGCAUCUUAAUAUGCAUUAUCUUCCAUUUGGUGGCUUUGAAUAGUUUCAAAGCCCUUUCACAGAUGUUGUAAGUGAUUCUUGUAAGAAAUAAUUGUAGAUCAAUGGGACUUAAAUCAAUAGAAGAGGAAAGUUAAUUUAGUAAUAAAUCAAGCUUGCCUGAUUUAUUUCUGGCCUGAAACUGUGGUUCAGGUUGCACUGACAGAGGAUAAAUAAGGAACAGAGAAAAAUCCACAGCACAUACAUGGGGAGAAAUGGCACUUGGUGUUCAAUGGAUGGUGAGGGUUGGGGGGACAGCAGAGACCAGUGGGGAUAGCGGAAAACUGAGAGUAUAUGCCCCACCUGAAGGGUCCACAGCAGCUCAGCACUAGCUGAGUGUCACUGUGGGAGAGUACAAUGGGGCCAGAUCCCAUCCUUUGAGAAAAUUAGGAAUUCCAGGUUUUUGGGUGAAAACUCACAAUUUAUAAAUGUUGGCACACAAUUUUGCCUUUUUGUUUGUCUGUUGCCUUCAGUAACACUGUGUGGUCAAACAUCAGUGGUCCCCUUAAGCUUGGGGCUAGCCAUUUGUCACCUCUGAACAGUGAUGUGCUGGUAAAAGUUUAACCACCAGCUCCCCAAAAAAACAUACAUAUAUAUGUUCAUUAUAAAUUUUGCUGAUAUUAAGGAUGUAUAUCACACAAUUUACAAAAUGAUAAUAAAAUAUACUUUAUUCUUUAUUAUAAAUUC